GAGAUUUUUCUUGCUCUUUCGUUCUUUCUUACUCGGCGCAUACAUUCGUUUCUACUACAGUCAUUCUUUUUUUUAUACUGCAGAAAGAAAUGCCUUCUUCAAGGCGCGUUGGGGCUGCUGGCCUUUUGGUCGCUUUGCUUCCUGUAACAGUAUCUGCUGUUUCUUACAACUACACCUUGCAAGACACAUAUGCGGGAGCCAACUUCUAUGACGGCUUCAACUUCUUUACAGACCCAGAUCCGACACAUGGUUUUGUUGAAUACGUGGACAAGACUACAGCUAUGAACAGUGGUAUCCUCGGGUUUGGACAAGGAACUGCCAAGUGGGGCGUCGACGACACAAAUGUCCUUUACGCCAACUCGACUGGACGUCAAUCGGUUCGUCUUGAGGGAAAUGUAAACUACAACCAUGGUCUCUUCCUUGCGGACAUCAAGCACAUGCCUGGCUCCAUCUGUGGCGUUUGGCCUGCUUUCUGGACUCUUGGCGACUCGAAUUGGCCCGCUCAUGGAGAAAUGGAUAUCAUUGAAGGUGUCAACACGUUCACCACCAACCAGAUCGCAGCUCACACUGCUCCCAACUGCACCAUGACCUUCCAAGACCAAAGUGGUUGGGUGAACGGUCGCGACUGCGCCGUCAGCACUGGAGGAGCCGCAGGUUGCGCCACAGGCACCAACGAUCAAACCGGUUAUGGCGAUGGCUUCAAUGCAAAUGGCGGUGGUGUCUACGCCAUGCAAUGGACUUCCGAGUUCAUGAAAGUCUGGUUCUUCCCUCGCAAUGGCAUUCCUGCAUCCAUCACCUCUGGUUCUCCUUCGCCUGCCCUUGAUUUCGGCACCCCUGUCGGCAACUUCGACGGUGGAUCUUGCGAUAUUGAUUCGCAUUUUAUCAACCACAGAAUGAUUUUUGACACCACUUUCUGCGGUGAUUGGGCUGGUAGUGUGUAUGAUCAGACUACCUGUCCUAUGGCGUCUGGUGGAGCCAGUGGCUGUGUCAACUAUGUUGCCCAGAACCCCAAGGCCUUCUCCGAGGCGUACUGGGAGGUCAACUAUAUCAAGGUGUUUUCGGAGACUGUUAUUGCUUCGCCUUCAUCGAGUUCGUCAUCUUCGUCGUCGGUGAGCUCGACAUCUAGCUCUUCGUCUUCUUCAAGCUCUUCGGUCUCUUCGGUCUCUUCGACAUCAUCGACAUUCUCGAGCUCUUCAUCUUCUACCAGCUCGUCGAAAUCGUCAUCCACCAGUGUUUUCCCAUCUUCUACAAGCAGCGCUCGUUCAUCGUCGAAUUCUGUUUCAUCGAUUUUGUCGAGUAGCGUUCGCCCGAGCUCGACUUCGACUUCGACCUCCAGCAGCAGCAUCAAACCAUCGACUUCGACAUCAGCAUCGUCAAGCAGCGUCCGCGCCAGCUCAUCAUCCUCGUCAAUCAAGCCUACCACGAGCUCGUCUAGUGUGAAGCCUACUACCAGCUCAUCAAGUAUCAAGCCCACAACCAGCUCAUCAAGCACCAAACCAGCAUCAACUUCAUCAACCAAGCCCAUCUCGACCUCUUCGACCGUAAAACCGUCUUCAACAUCAUCUACCAAGCCUGUCUCGACUUCCUCGACCGUCAAGCCGACCACUAGCUCCAGUACCAUCAAGCCCUCCACUUUAUCAAAAGCUCCCACCACAUCUUCUACGUCCAGCCGCAAGACCAGCACUUCAAGUUUCAGCGUCAAGACUGUGGUUACGUUGAGUACGAAGAAAGCUGGUGUUAGCGUUAGAAGUGUUUCGAGCAGUAGUGUGAAGAAGGUUUCUUCGACGAGUAGUAGCAAGAAAGUCACUUCGACGAGCAGCAGCAAGAAAGUUACUUCAACGAGCAGCAGCAAGAAGGUCACAUCAACCAGCAGCUCAAAGAAGGUGUCUUCUACGAGCAGUGCGAAGAAAGCGACAUCGACCAGCAGCACGAAGAAAGCGACAUCGACCAGCAGCACGAAGAAAGCGACAUCGACUAGCAGCACGAAGAAAGCGACAUCCACCAGCAGCAGCAAAAAGGUCACUUCGACAAGCACGAAAAAAACCAGCACCUUCUCAUCGACCAAGAAACCCAGCUCCACGAUGAAAACCAGCACAAUCAAAACAACGAGUACAAAGCGCAUCUAGAGUGUCAUUUUUUCGUACCUUUACUUCAUCUCAUCUGGACAUGAGUUUCUUUUUACGGCCUUUUUGUCUUCUCUUGCAUAUGCAUGGUAUUCGUAGAGUCCUUAAUAUAUUUAUACUAUAUCUUAGUCUUCUAUUCUUGUUCAUUGCCUUUCUUUUACUACUACUAUGUUAGUUAGUAGCUUCACUUAUCUCCACUACUUAUAUCUUUAUAGACAUAAAAU